AUGUCAGAUCCUGGCUGUGUUGCUGUCCGGUCCUUGCCAGAGCUCCAGGACGAGGUCCCUGGUUAUGGGGCCGCGGCCGAGCCAACAGCAGGAGCCUCGGCACCAGCGGCAGCGGAGGAGGAUCCUGCAGAGGCACAAGCUUCUGCAAGCCUUUCUCGCCUCAUCGAAGUUCUCCCAAAGGCCGGCGAGUUGAACUCGUUUCUCGCUGAUGAUCUCGGGAAGCUUGAGCCGGGGACGGAAGCAGAUGUCCCGGUUCAAGCAUUGCGCUGGACGCACGAUGGCAUCAAUGCCCAGCUUGCAUUUGGAGAUGACCACGAGCACGCGGAUGAGUCGAUCUUCAAAAUGUUUGAGCAGCUCUUCCGGGGCAGGCUUACACCCCUAGACAUCACGAAGGAAGAUCCCCUUCCGGCAUUUUUACAUCAAGGCCCUGACGGUCAUCUGGGUCUGUACUCACGCCGAAACCGCCGACUGACAGCUUUCCUCAUGUAUCAAGCGCUGCGCCGGGACGAGUUGCUGAUGGUGCGUGUCCUUGUUUGUUCUCCAGAUGAUCCUGCAUGGCGCAGAGAGUGGCAGAAGAGCUACGAUGGGUCCAACGGCUUGUCCAUACGGCCGCACGAAGGAAAAGGAGCUUGCCAUCGCAGGUGUCCCCUUUUCCGCGGGACCUACCACCACUUCAGCCAUGUCUUGCGGCACGCCCGCAGCAGAGGGUACUCCGAGCCGGUGCAGGGUGCCCUCAACCUCCUGGCAGAGCAGCUCAGGGCGCCCUGGGCCCUCGAGAAUCACGAGUCGCAGAGGGCCGUGGGAAAGGCAGACGAAGCUACCAAGGUUCGAGAUCCCACCGCCUACAUCCUCGCAGCCGUGCGCAAAGGCAGAGGCACGCCGAAGAACGCGAGGCGGCAGCCCGGGGGCAAGCAGGUGAUGAAGCUUCAUCUCAAGGAGAACCGAAGCAGUAGCAGUAGCAGCUUCGACCCAUCGCUGGUCGAGAAGGUCCGGAAGCGAAUAGCAUGGCUGAACUCCAAGGGUGGCCUCAACGACAAGCUGAGCUUCGAGGUUGUCGGGGAGCUGCUCUUGCGGUCAGGGCCGAUUGGGGAGAUUAUGAAGAUCUUCAAGACCUUGGAAGAGAACGCCUCCGAGGUCCGGCACCCCAACAAAUACAUUGCCUCCGCUGCUCGACGCCUCCAAGAAGAGGGCGUGGCCCCUGAGCCCAUGAGCUCGGCGAACCGGCGCAUCGCGGCGAACGCACCACCCAAGGACAGCGACUUCCGAGACGAGCCGCUGCACGAGCAGCUGCGGGCCCACAUCCAGUGGCUGAACAGGGAGGUGCCGCUCACCGCACCCCUGGACUUCGGCCAGGUCGCGAGCUGCUUGCUGGAACUCGACACCGGUGAAGCUGGAAGCAUCCUGAGGCGCCUGGAAGAGAACGCCCGGGAGGUCCGCGACCCCAACAGCUACGUGGUCAAAGCAGCAGAGCGCAUGCUCGGAGGCCGCGACGGCGGCGGAAGGGGCGGCAAAGGCCAAGGAGGCAGCCGGCGACAGCCGCCUCCUCCGCCGCGUUCAGUCCCGGAGCCACCGCCGUCCCGGAAUGCGAGCGCCAAUCCGAUGGACAAGAUCGCAAAGAGGGUGGCUUGGCUGAACCAGCACACGCAGCUCGUGACGCCCUUGGACUACGCCUGGCUCCCAGAGCGUUCUCUUUUGCACGGAGGUUGUUGGGACGACUUCUGGACCUUCGAGCGCUGCUGCCUGAGCGAGGUGGAGCUUGAGGAGGUCCCAGACAACCUUUGCUUGGGCGGGCCAGUGCGGGCUGCAGAGGAGUUGAUCCUGGAGCAGCCCUCGGAGGCUGAGCCCUUUGUCUUCCUCUGGGACGAGAAGUGUGGCGGCACGACCUUCAACGAGUGGCUGCUGGCGUCGGCGCAUGACACUGGCCGAAUCCAGCGGACCCACAUCUCUGACUACGGCUGGCCGAACGUCAUUGGCACACCCUUCUUUCUGAAGUCCUACAGUGCGGAGAAGCUUCGUUCGCUGGAGAUCCUGUCUGCGAACGUGGACUGGAACAUCUUCCCCGCACUGGGCUGCCAAGCGCCGGUCCGCCAGCCCCACUGCUUCAUCCUCCUCAGGAACCCAAUCGACCGGUUCGUCUCCUACUACUUGGAGAGGUCAGAUCGUCGUCUAGAGGGCGGCAGCUCGAUCAUUCGCUUGCUGUCCCAAGUCCCUAUGGAGGACUUUGAAGCCUACCUGGAAUCGAUUCGCUUCGACCGCCUACGGUUCAGCGGGGAGGAGAGCGGCUUGUUUUGCAACCGCGAGAACGGCGAGCUGUGCCUUGCGCGCGAGGGCGACGUCUCCGCCGAUCCUGGCCCCGAAACCUUGGGCUUCCGCAGCCACGGCGGGCCCCAGAAUCGCUUGGCGCGGAUGUUGGACCCCCCCUUUGGCCGGCUGGAGGUGGCGAAAGCACGGCUGUCGCGCUGUGUGGUGAGUUUGCAGAAUGAAGACUUCGAGAACCACCUCAUCGUUCUGCGUGCCUUCUACCCCUGGAUAAAGCGGGUGAAGUUCGCGGAGGGCGAGGAGACCCAGAACAUCUACCACACCAAGGAGUCGUUCUUCCUGCGCGAGAAUCUUCCUGCGCGGUACCGCGAGGCCAUCGCGCGCUUCAAUGCCGUGGAUAUGGAGCUGUACCAGUUCGGCUUGGACCGCUUCUACUGGCAAGUCGCAGAGGCACGGAAGAUGCUGACGCUGGCGCCCCCAAGCUACGUCCAGAUGCCAGUCCUCACCCUCCCCUCCCGGGACUGGGAGUCCAACUGGCCCUUCUUCAAGGAGCAGCUUCCCACGGCCUUUCUGAUGAGGCGCCUUGCUCGCUGCCGCAUCACGAACCUGGUGUCCCAGUGCGCUCGGCUGGUGGGCGAGCGCACGCCCGAGGCCAUCGACUACAAGUUGCCCCCGGCCUUUGCCGAGCAACUCUGCCGACUGGCCACUGAUGUGUACUACGCAUCGAGCCCCGACAAGUUCUACUCGCUGGGGUUCCAGGACCUGCUCCAGGAAGUCGGGCAAGGGCACGCUGCGCAAUACCAGGAGAUCAGCCUGCCCGACUUCAACAGCCUUUGGGAGGACUCGUGGCAAGAGAUGCAGGAGGUCCUUGCCACCAGUGGACUGCCCAAGCCGAGCUGA